CGCAACAUCUCUUUGCACACACUGCACCAGUGCACCCACUAUCAUUUACAUCCAGACACACGUUCACACAAACACAUCACACACACACACACAUCACACACACACACACAGACACAGACGGAAACACAGUGUGCCAUGGCGUUUCAUGAGCUGAGGGCCACCAAGGCCAACGGCACGCUGUUGGACUUUGCGUCGCUCAAGCAGAACAUCGUCCUCAUCACGAACGUGGCGUCCCGUUGUGGCUUCACCCACUCCCACUACACGGAGCUGGCAGAGGUGUAUGCCAAGUUCCAGCACCGUGGGCUACGCAUCCUGGCCUUUCCCUGCAACCAGUUUGGACGCCAGGAGCCCGGCACAGACGCGGAGAUUGAGUCACACGUGUGCAACAAGUACAACGCCACCUUCGACAUCAUGUCCAAGAUUGACGUCAACGGGCCCAACACCGACCCCGUCUACACCUUCCUCAAGGAGAACACGGACGGGCAAGACAUUCGGUGGAACUUCCGGUCGUACUUUCUGGUGGACAAGGCGGGCGCCAUGCAGCGGUUUGACGGCAAGAGCCCGCGCGACCUCAUCUCCGCCAUCAACACCCUCCUCCCGCCCGAGGAGAACCCAGACGAUGACAAGGACUAGUCGGGGGAGAAGCAGGACGCGCGUGCAGUUGAUGGUGUGGUUUGUGUUUCCGACAUUAAAUAAAGUAGUGCCCACACGACAAGAG